AUGGAAGUGAACAUCAUGUCACUUUGUUUACAACUUGACACAUUGUGCAGACAAGAGUACACAACACAUCAUUUACAUGGAAAUGAACAUGGAAAAGCCUGCAGUACAUUCAGUGACAAAGCUGACAUGGUGGUCAGAAACAUGCAGCAUGUUCUUGCCAGAUAUCAUGACCCCGAUCACCUAGAGGUAAGUUUGUUUCUUAGUGAGUCUGGUUUGGACAAGCUGUUUCCUCGUGUGGCUAGCUACAUUGCCAACCCCAGCACAUUUUCAGCCAAGUUAAAGAAAACUCAUAUAGACAAUUAUCUUUUACAGACAUCACAUCUUCAUCAUGUACUGGGCUUAACUAGACAGAUUCAUCAAGAUGUCAUUUACACAGGUCACAAGUAUUUGCCUCAUCAGCUGGCAGUGUUGUAUCAAGCCAUCAGUUCCAUUCCCUCAGGCGGAAAGGCACUUUCAGCUGAGAGAACCAACAUUGAGGAGAACUUCAAGGCUUUAAAGCGUUCCAUUGAUGAUAUCCUAGAUAGAGAAGAUGUAUCUCUUUUGUCAGAAAUCAGAAAUUGGAUUCUGAACCUCACAGAAAGCAUCAUCCAAGUAAUCUCAUCCAUGCCACAGUGUAUGACUGAAGAAAUCCUCCCAGUGGCUCAAGUAUUGCAACAGUAA